AUUUUGUCUCCUCUCCUUUCUCAAAAAAUUCAUUCCUUUCUUCCUCAUUCUCUCUCUCUCUCUCACAGACAUUUUUUUGUCAAACAGAUGGUGCUCGCUUAACGAACUUAACUAGCCCUCCGGGACUCUCUCUCUAUCUCUGGUUUUCUUCUCCGAUUAAAAGGAGGAAACAGCUAAAAACGAGAUCCUAGCUGAGUGUGAUGCAAGAUCGAGAAACAUGGAAGGAGUAGAGCUUGAACUAGAGAGAAGAAGCAAGUUCUUGAACAGCUUGAUACAACAGAAGAAGAAAGCAAAAGAGCAGCAAGACCUUAAAGAAGAGUUCAAUGUUCGUGUUAGAGCUUCGGAUAUGCCUCUGGCUAUGCAGAACAAAGCCUUUAUUUUGUCGCGUGAGCUCUUGAAUGCCACUCCUGGAAAAGCCGACAACAAAAGACUCGCUCUCGCCCUUAAAAAGGACUUUGAUUCAGCCUUUGGCCCUGCUUGGCACUGCAUAGUUGGGACCAGCUUUGGUUCAUACGUCACACAUUCCACUGGAGGAUUCAUAUAUUUCCAGAUCGACAAGGUUUAUGUUCUUCUUUUCAAGACUGCAGUGGAGCCCUUAUAGAUUUCACCAAUUGAGAAACAAGUUCAUCCAUCUGAAAAACCAUCUUCAACUAGUCCCCUCUCCCUUUCUUUUUCUACUGCUCAGUGUUAUUCACACACUAUUUAUUUCGAGUUUGAUGCAAAUCAAGAAUAGGUUCUAUGACUUAUGCUGUGUAAAUUACAUGUGGGCUUUUCUGCUGUGAAUUGUUUAAGACUUCACAGAUGCAACUUGAAAUCUUCUUGAGAAACUACUCAUGUGUAUGUUUUCAAGCUUUAUUUUUGAAUUGGAUACGAAUCAUUUAGGUAGUAGCUAGAAUUGGAA